CUCCCCCAGUCUGUUCAAAAGUUCAAUUUGGACUACAAAAUGUCGCCCAACAGCCUUAUCAAAAUAGGGUGUGACAGUUCCCCACUUUAAUGUCACGAGAUCAAAAAGAAAAAAUUAAAUAGUUUACUAUUUUUCUUUAGUUUCCGAAGUAGUAUAUAAACAUCUUGAUCAAUGGAGUGAAAAUCAUUCGAAUCGUUCUGCUCGUAAAACUACUUUUCUUUUCAUUAAGAAAACAACACUCAUUUAAACUUCAAUAUGAUGUUUAAGGCACUUCUUAUUGCUUCUCUCGCCGCCGUUGCUUUAGCACAAUACGGCUAUGGACAUGGACAUGGUUAUGCACCUGAACCACACCAUCAACCCAUCCCAUACCAAUAUGGAUACGACAUUGCCGGUGACCAUGGUGAAUUCAAACAAACCAGACAAGAGCACGGAGAUGGACACGGCAACGUUCAAGGAAGCUACAGCUACGUUGAUGCCCAUGGAAUCCAAAGACAAGUUGACUACGUAGCUGAUGGACAUGGUUUCCGUGCCUCUGUCAAGACCAACGAACCAGGAACCGAAAGCCAAAACCCCGCUGAUGUUGAACUCCAUGCCAACCCAGCCCACCACCAACCAUCAUACUCUGCUCCACGACAUGGAUACGGACAUUAUUAAUUAGGUUUAAAAUUUAAAGAAAUUCUAAGAAAUUGGAAAGGAUGUCAUCUAGCGAAUGAUAAGAAGCUGUACACACAUUGGAAUGAGAUGGAUGAAACGAACGCAAAUUCUUUUUUAAAAACAGUCAUUGUUGUUAAUAUUUUGUAAAAAUUAGUUAUAUUUAUUACAUUUCGCCAAGCACAUUUUGCUAAAUCUAUCUUCAAAAGUGCUUAGCUUUGUAUCAAAGCUGCUGUUAUUUAUUAUUAGGAUUUUGUAAAAAGAAAAGUAAUCAAAAUAAAAUUAUUUAUUUACAA